AUGAAGGGAAAUACAUCCAAUCACGAGCUCAUCAGAAAUACAAUUGCAAACAUAGCAAUUGCAUUUGACACAAACACCUAUACGGAUCUUCAAAGUUCAUUUACAGAAGAUUGUGUGGCGGACUAUACGGGGUCGCUUGGCCUCAUGCAUGGCAUCGACACUGUCAUUGAGCAGCUGCAGAAGACCAUCGGGCAUGUUACUACCUUUCACGCAUUGAGCACACAAACUAUACGGCUCACUAGCAACGAUACGGCCGAGGCGACGACGUAUUGCUCCGCGAGUCAUUACGUUGGCGCGAAGUCAUUUUUCGCCGAAGCCAAAUACUUUGAUCGCCUCGUGAAAGUGACUGAGGGAAGCACUACAAAGUGGUUGAUCAAACAUCGCUUGACCACGAUGAUGGGCGUUCCACGGGGCGAUGUCUCCAUUUUCAACAUGGAUUUGGAAGGGUGGGUUGACACCUUGACGGCCUGA